CUUAAUUGGGUGCAAGAUUAACCCAAACAGUUUUUGUUGGGCUUAUUAUCUAACAUAUGCCCAAAUCCAUACUUGUAGGGCAGUUCACCAAACAAACUACUUGGGCUUCUGUUAAGGAACAUAGUUUUCAAGCCCAUUUUUGCAAUAUCUUGCAGUGUCACGAUAUGCAAUUAUAGUCAACACUCAACAGAAUUGUUAUAUUAACACAAAUGAGUACUUAGUUUUUUUUUUAUUUCUUUCAAUACUUGCUGCUUUUUAUCAUAACAAGUUCUCUGAAUACCAUAUGUUGCACGUUGCCAAGUAAGGUAAUACGUCAUCAUAUUAAAAGAAAUUGUUGGACGUUCUACCGUAAUGGUAUUGGUAGCUAGUGCCGUGCUACAAGCGUAUCCAUUAGCAUAUCGACUUACAAAAUUGACGCUGAUUCUAUUAGUCGUCACUACACGAGUUGAAAGAACAAUUAUUACCUGAACGGAACUAGGUAAGGGUGGAUUCGGUUCGGUUCGGUUCGGUUAUAACCAAUAACCAAUUGGUCGGUUACCGGUUAUUCGAACCACCAUCUCCCCCUACCGAACACCGACCGACGCCAAUGUCUCGGUUAACCAAUAACCGACCGGCCAGUUAUCCGUUAGUUGGUCGGUUAACCGAGAUAACCGAAAAAUGAUGAUGGUUCGGUUUUAACCAAGUAAAAUUAUUAGAAUCACCUAAAAUGAAAGGUUCUAACUUACAUUUCUACAUCUAAAUCACACCCAAAGUAAAGUCUCAAUCACUUUUGCAUAGAAAAUACAUCUUAAUCACCAAAUUAAUGUCUCAAAUUCAACAACAUAAAGUUAUAAACUUCAUAACCGAGUAUUUUCACGUCGUUUUUGUGAGGGAGUGGUCGGUUGAUUAUUUCCGGUUAUUGUCGGUUAACCGAAUAACCGAUUUUCGGUGACUCAAUUAACCGAAUUACCUAUUAAGAGCUCCGACCACCUACCGAAGCAUAUAAUUUUCGAUUAUCGGUUAACCGAUUAACCGGCGGUUAUCGGUUAACAGACCGGUUGCGAUUAUUGGUUAACAGACCGGUUAACCGGUAACCGACAACCGAACUGCCACCCCUAGCAACUAGGUGGCAAAAUGGUCAGAUUGUUGCAACAGUCUAAAGAAUGAAUGAAAGAGAGGAAUGUUUGAACUUUCAACGUUCUUCCUUCUCAUGGAACUUUCCAUUCCAAUAAACCGAAGCCAGCUAGAAGGACUAAGGCAGGCAGCUGAGUCGCUGUCUUCCUUUCUCCCUUUGACCACAACCCAAACCCUAAACACAAAUUCAAUGGAAUAAUACUUUCUUCCCCAACCCAUUACCAGCCCACUAACUAAACUAAUAACUCCAUUCGUGUUAGCGCUAGCUUUGACCAUCGCCAGCCAGCCAGCCAAUUGGCUAAGCUUACAAAGAACAAAGGCAAAGUCAACACAUCCGCAACCGCCUUCCCUCUGUAUUUCCCUCCCAACCAGCCCCAUCUACAUAUAAGAAUACACCACCAACAGAGAGAACCAAAACAAACAAACCCAAUUGAACCCAAAAAUCUACAUUCUCCCCAAGUCGAAGAGAAGAUUGGAGCUUAGAUCAAAAUGUCGGUAAAUCAUCUGGGAGCCAAGAUGAGCGGCGUUCGUCUCGGCCAGAGAGAAUACGGGAGGGAAGGGAGCUGCGGGGGGUGUGGCCGGAUGGGUAGUGGUGCUCCCGCCGGCGUUGUACGCGGAGGAGCAGCUUCGUCGAGGGUGAUGAGGACGUCGUCGAGGUUCGCCGGCGGGAGGCACGGCCGGCACGCUAUGCCUCCGAGCAGCAGCAGUCACGAGAAGUGGAGGAGGCAUCAGGCGGCGGGGAGCAGGGAGGUGCUGAGGCGGGCGUUGAUGCCGGCCAGCCGACGGCCCAGCCUCCGGUGGGUGAAUUUCCGGCCGACACCUAGCCGCCUUUGUAACAUGUCCAUGGCCGCCGCAUAAUCGAUUUAAUUGCUAUAUUCAUCAUCAUCAUCAUGAGUUGUAUUUGCUUAGUUAAUAGCCUGGCUUCCUCUGCUGUAGCUCUGUUUGACUCCUCUGUUUUUUUCUUGCGAGUUGAAGGGAAUUUGUCUAUCUUAAUUCCCAGAACCCUAUUCUUUGCCGAUUCUUCAAUUUUGUACUUGUUACUAGUUCGUCCUUGAACAAUAAAAAUAGAUGGCCGGAAGCUGAUUCGCUGGAUCGGUUCACAAUAAGAACAAGGUUCAAAU